AUGAUGGUACUUGAUCAUCCUGAUUCUAACUCUUCACAGCCGCCUCCUAUACCUCAAAACAGUCCUUCUAUCCAGUCUAUACCUUCAAUUUCUAUUCCAUCUCAACAUUUGCUUGAUGAUUCUCAGGUGCCUUCUGGUUUGAUCCCAAACAAUUUGCUUUCAACAAAUGUUUCCUCUCCCUGUAUCGAAGCACAUGAUCAUGAAGCUCAAGAACUCCACUCUGUUUAUGCUAAUAUUAAUUCAAAGCUCGAUACACUCACCACUUACAUUGGUCGCUUUAUUGAUUCUAUUACUUGUGAUAGAUCUACCAUGGAAGGAGUCUUUGACGCUUCUUCCAAAUAA